UAUUGAUAUAUAUAUAUAUUUAUUUGUACUUAAUUAAGAUUUAUUUUAAUUUAGGUCUGAUUUGUAGUAUUUUCUGCAUUGAGAAGAAUGGGGAAGAGGUAUUACUGCGACUACUGUGACCGCAGCUUUCAGGACAACCUACACAACAGAAAGAAGCACCUGUACGGCGUGCAGCACCACCGGGCGAAGAAAGCCUGGUUUGACAGCUUCAGAGAUGUUGCCACAGUUUUAAAUGAAGAGCGGACAAAGGAGCCCUGCAGAAAGUUUCUUCAGACAGGACAGUGUGUAUUUGGUACAAACUGUCGUUUUUCACACAUGUCUGAGAGCUACAUGCAGAUGCUGGAGCAAAAGAUUGAUGAUGAAAAGCAAUGGAAGGAAGACCCUGACCAAGGUAGAUCAUCUACUAAGCGCAGCAUUGAUGAAUGGCUCUCCAGAAGAGAGAAGAAACGAGCUGCUUUGACAUCAGGAAGAGUUUUAAAGAUAGAAGAGGAAGAAUGCACUGAGAACAUUGAGAUACCUCCAUAUCUGCUGUCUAUUCCAGAUCUUCCUCCAUCUCUCCAUCCCCCACCAAAUGGUGGUUGGAAAGUGACACUGCAAAAUGAAUGGGGUUGAAAUGGAGUUUGUAAAAAAUCAUUUUUUUAAUGCUUCCC